AGACACCACACGCGCUCUGGCCUCUGUGCCUCAAGCUUUCGAAGAGCCUUCCCCAAAAUCUGAACUUUGAGGAACUCUUCAACAUGGAUGUAGCUACUGCAAGGCACUUCAUAUCGUAACUCUCACUUUCUUUAUGAUCUGGAAAGGUGUUGCCUUGACAAACACGUGUCAUGGCUCAUAAGAAAUUCAAGAACAUUAGGUUGGGAAAAUAUACAAAAACUUCCACAUAACGUGGCUGCUUGGAAUCCGAGGAUGGGCUAUCAAAGGUCGACUUAUUCACAUCAAUCUUCUAUUGGAAAGAAUCCCAUGACCCAUAUGUUCUGGAGAACUUACCCAAUGCCUGUUAGUUUGGAGGAAUCUUCAGCCCUAAGUUUGGAAGAUAAUUCUAGUAAUGAUGAGCCAGAGGAUGUCCUUGCUCAACCGCUAAGCAGUGAUGAGCUGAAGUCACUGCUGGCUGAUUCUGAAAGAGAAAGGCUCAUUAAAAAACUAAGUGAAGCAAAUCAACAAAACCGCUUCCUCAAACGACAGUUGCACAUGACGGAGGAUGCAUUGGUUAAUUUCAAAAGCGAACUUGCUGUCUUGGAACUUGAAAUUCAGGCUUUGGUCACAGUUGCAGAAGAAAUAACUAAAAUUGCCAUUCCAGCAGGUUCAAGAAAGAUCAAUGGGAAAUACAUACAAUCUCAUCUUCUCUCGCGAUUAGAAGCUGUACAUGGAAAGCUGACGGAACAGAUAAAGGAUGUGGAAACCGCACAGUCCAAGGAGGUUCCCUUAUUCUGGUGUGGCAUGGCUGAGAGCGUGCAAGUAAUGGGAACAUUUGAUGGAUGGAGUCAAGGGGAGCAGUUAUCACCAGAAUACACUGGUUCCUUGACGAAGUUCUCAACAACAUUAAUGCUUAGGCCUGGAAGGUACGAAAUCAAGUUCUUGGUGGAUGGAGAGUGGCAUCUAUCCCCAGAAUACCCUACAGUUGGCGAGGGACUACUGAAAAACAACUUGUUAAUAGUGAAAUAACUGCAGGUCUGCUGUUCUAGUCAAUAUGGUUAAUGCAGACGUGGAUGAGCUCCUUUUGACUUUUGACUUUGUUUAUAUUAACUUGUACGUUUACAUGACUAGCAUAGCUUAUUAGAAGUUUGACAAGAAUAUUUCUUGAAAAAUCGAUUCACUGUGUAUCAUCUCUAUUCUUACAGUAACAUUGCGCUUGUAAAAAAUUUGUAUUUAAUUUUUAAAAUCAACGGUGAAGAUCGA